AUGGCAGAUGUUAAUGGAACCAUCGAGAGCGUGGACUCCAGACCCAGACUACCUGGGGGUGUGAUUCUGGUCCUGCUACUUUACUGCUCUGGAACCUCGGACAAGACAAUGGCAUCCUCCAUCACGUGGGGCCUCCGCCUGCUGGCAGGCCUGUGCAGUGAAGUCCCUGGCGCCAGGCGUCAGUCCAGCCCUGAUAUUUAUCACUACGAUCUCCCACACUUCUCCAGCUUCGCCUUCAGCCUGUACCGUGAACUGGCCCGUCAGUCCAACAACAAAAUCAUCUUCUCCCCAGUGAGCAUCGCUAUAGCCUUUGCGAUGUUCUCCCUGGGAAACAAAGAUGAUACUUACACCCAGAUCCUGAAGGGCAUAGGCUUCAAGUUUAAGAAGAAGGCGCCUAAGGCUGAUAUCUACAAAGGCUUAGGGAGUCUCCUUGAUACCCUUAAGCAGCCAAACAAUCAGUUCCAGCUGACCACCAGCACUAUGCUAAUCAUUGAUAAGAAUCUGAAGCAAAAGCCUGAGUUUUUGUACAAUGUCAAGAAGCUGUACCACUCAAAAGCCCUCUCCAUCAACUUCAGGAACAUCAAAGAGGUCAAGAAAGAGAUCAACCGUCAAAUAAAGAUAAGAACUCAAGGAAUAAUUGUGGAUUUGGUCAAAGAGCUUGACGAAGACACGGCUCUUGCUCUGGUGAACUACAUAAUUUUUGAAGGUUAAGGUUGGAAGGAUAAAUUCAAGGCUCAGCGCUUCCUAACAGGAGAUUUCCAUGUGAAUGAGAAGAUCACGGUCAAGGCGCCCGUGAUCAACCACCUGGUUGAUAUUCCAGUGGAAUAUCACUGGUAUUCCAGUGACUGGUAUUCCAGUUCCACCUGUACCGAGUUCCACCUGUACCGAGACAAUGAGUUCUCCUGCUGGGUGUUGGUACAGCACUACCAGGGCAGAAUGGCCGCCUUCCUGCUUCUGCCCAACAUGGGGAAGAUGCAGCUGCUGGAGGAUGGGCUCUCUGAGAAGCACCUCGCCAAAAUCCUCAAAUACCUUGAGAUACGGUUUGUCAAUUUACAUUUGCCCAAACUGUCCAUUUCUGGAACCUACGAUCUCAAAACUGUCCUAGGCAAACUGGGCAACAAGGUCUUCAGCAACGGGGCUGACCUCUCAGGGAUCACUGAAGAAGUGCCUCUGAAGCUGUCCAAGGCCAUUCAUGAGGCUGUGAUGAGCAUCAAUGAGAAUGGGACAGAACAUGCUGGAGCCACCCUCUCAGAAGAGAGUGCCUGGUCUGAGCAUCUGACCAUCAACUUCAACAUGCCCUUCCUAAUCAUCAUCAAGGAUGAAAACACCAACAUUCCCCUCUUCAUGGGAAAGGUGGUGAAUCCCAUGCAAAAAUAA